AGCAUCAAGUUCUUCUCCGCACACUCGCAUUACACUCCCGCACUCUAACACACUCUGAAUUGCCAUGUUUGCGUUGACUCCUGUCUCUGCUCUUCACUCUGGCUACGGCCAGUCCCACUACGGGCAGUCUCCCCGCGACAGGUACCUCGCCGCUCUUGCAGAAGCUCGCGCUGCUGAAGCCGAGUACGCAGCUGCUCUCGCUCAGGAAGAGGCCAUUCGCCGCCAGCGCUACCAAGAGGCGGUCCGCCGACAGCGCGAAGAAGCUAUCGCCCGCCGUCAGCGCCAGGAAGCCAUCCGCCGCCAGACACUCUUCGAUGCUUUCCGCAACCACCAGCUCAACUAUAUUGUUGAUGAUGAAGAUGAGGAUGCCUUCAGCCGCCCCAAUCCGUACUACGGUGGCUUCGCCCCUGUGCGUCAGAUCCCUCAAGACUAUGCACGCGAGGAGCAGGCCCGUCAGCAAGAGUGGGAGCACCGCGUUGCUCAAGCUCAAGCUCGCCGCCAGGCAUGGGAGCGCCAGGCUGCCAUGCAGCGCGCUUGUUCUCAGGAGCGUCGCGAAGAGGCGAUGAAUCGUUGUGCCUCUCGCUCUCCAGCUGGACCUCAGCGCGUUGCUGCCGAAGCUCCGCAGGUCCAGGCUUUUGAGCCUACCAAACCUCUGAAGGAGCGUCUCGAGUCGCGCUUGAUGUCCGAGUACGAGCAGGAGAUGAAGGACACCCUCACAUCCCUGAUUUCAUCGCUUGGCUCUUCUGGACCUCAACCCUCGACGGAUGCUCCUGAGGUCAAGGAGGACGCUUCUGCUCUCACCUCUGCAACAGAGCCCAAGGGCAAGGAGAAGGAAGUUCGGCCAGUGACCAUCCCGAUCUCGGACCCCACUCCCAAGGAAGUUUCUGCAUCUCUCGACACCAUCCGCUCCAUCAACGCCGAGUUUGAGAGGCUCUCUUCUGAAUUCGAACUUCCUCGCGAUCUCGACUUCGACACCACCCCGUCCACCCCCUCCUCAGUCACCUCCGCUGUCUCUGGCUCGAAUCUCAAGCUCGCAUUCACCGCGCGCAACGCUCCAGUCCGCUUCUUCGAGCAUGCGCUUGGCAACCUCCUUGUCAAGCUCGACACCGUCGAGAGCUUCGAAGAUGAGCACGUCCGUUCCCAGCGCAAGACUACUGUCACUCGCAUUGAGAAGGCGCUCGAGGAUCUGGAGAAGGAGGUUGAAGAACGUUUCGAGGCUUUCAAGUGGAAAGAGAACCAUGACGCCAAGGUUGAGAACGAGGAGGAGAUCGCCAAGACACUGGCCGAAGACCAGGCGUCCGCUCAGGUCACUGCCGCUGAUGCGAUGGAGAUCGAGCAGCUUGCUUCGGACAUCUCUCCAGAGGCGGUUCCUUUACCGGUCGGGAUUGACGUUGACGACGCCGAAGUCGCAGUUGCAGCUCCCGAGGUCACCUCUCUCCCUUCCGACGCCGUCUCCGCCGACGGCAACGCCCCGUCCACCCAUGAGUACGCUACAAAGGAAUUCGUAGCGGAGGAGUGUGCCCCUAAGCUUGCAGCAGCCAACGUCCAGACUUCAUCACUCGAUACCAGCACUCCCAUGGAGACCGAGCAACCUCUGGCUGCUGAAGACACUAUGAACGAGGUCCCCCGGGCCCCUACUGUCGAUGACGUCGAGGUUCAGCACCCCGAUGUUGACGUCGUCGACGACAUGCCUGAAGCUAAAGAGGUCUCGCAGAUGGCCGUUGCAACCGAUCUCACCACAUCUUCCUACCCUCCUCUCAUCUACCCGUCUGUUGCCUCCGACUCCUCCGCACCCUUGAACCCAGAAGCCUCCAACUCCUCUGCUCCCCCAUCUCCCACCGAGCCCACUGCUUCCACCGACCGCGACCAGGACGAAGCCAUGGUCGACACCUUCCUACUCCCUGCCGCCACAUCUCAUCCUUCGACGCCCGCUCCUGCGCAUCUCACGCAAGAUGACGACGACGAUGUCGUGGUAGUCGAGGAUACCCUCAACUCCGAAUCAAGUGGGGGCACAGCUGACCGCGAGCAUGAGGAUGGGUGGUGCGAAGUAGACGCAUGACAACUUUUGGCUUUUAUCUGAUACUUUUUUUUUCGAUUCGUGUGCUCAAUGUUAUUCUCCCCUCCUGCCAGUGACCAUCAUCUUGUACUACGCUCAAUUAUCUAUACUAUUAUUUGUAACUAUAAAUGGGACAUUCAAUGAACUCGUCUAAUCACGUCCAAAUCAAUCAAUAUCCGCA